CGUUUAGAGCGGGUGGCUCGAGGAGACGUUUUCAUGUAACAGUGGAAUGGCGGUUGUUUUUUACUUUUUGUAGCGCAGUGGGAUUUGUAUGUUUAUGAAAAGAAUAAAAGGAGACACACGGGGCCAAAAGAAGACGUCGGACUGUGUGAACUGUUAGGCUUAUAUUUUUUUUAAAAAACGAAAGGGACGCAGCCAUGAGUUCCCUCCCAGAGGCCACUCGCUCCCUCGUGCAGGUGUUCAAUGGGAAGCUGCAGGAGUUCACCAAUGAGAUCGAGAGUAUUCACAUGGUAUGGCUGGAGGAGAUUCAGCAGGAGGCUAAGCGCAUGUUCUCCAGCGACUUCAGCACAGAGCCAGAGCUCAUGCCAAAGACGCCAUCGCAGAAAAAGACGAACCGGAGGAAACGGGUGUCUACGGAGCUCAGCGACUCUCGUAGCAAAAGACGUUUCUCUAAGGGGAAGCGCAGUAACCUGCGACGUUCCUCAGUCCAGCUCACUCUCAAUUCUAUCUCUGAGUUGGUGGAUGCACAUGUCCCCAGUAGCAGUAUUGACAGUGUGGCUGAGGAGCCUGUUCGCCGCACACGACGUAAUAAAGCCGCUGCCGGUACAGCUGCAGAAAGUGAGCCAGUCAAACGUAGCACGCGCACCAAAGCAGCUGCCAAGGCAAAGGAACAAGCUGAGAAGGUGGAGGAGGAGUCGACAGCUCCACAGUCACCUGAAAAUGUUUCAAGGGAGCAGGAGCACAAGGUAGAGGAGUCAAGCAGCUCUUCAUCUCCUGUGCAGAUGCUGGUGUCUGAGGUUGUGGUGAAAGUCCCCGCUGCCGAGCGUCUUUCUGCUGAAAAGUUGCUCCAGUGCUCUCCCUCUCCAAGCCGCUCUGCACAGAAGAUUACCAUUGCGGCUGCAGGAGGCCAGGCAUCGGCACGGAAAUCGGGCCGACAAUCCCUGGUGGUACGGCGCUCUCUUGCAGGCCUCAGGCAUAGCAUGACUCAGGAAGCAGUGCGGCGUGCUUCUCGACGCUCGUUUCUGAAGAAGAAAGCCAGGUUGGGCAACUCAACAUGUAGCAGCACAGUCAGUGGGGAUGUGUCUGUGGAUGUAGAACCAGAGGAUAAUGAUGAGAUGGAGGACAAGAUGGAAGUGGUGGUUACUGAGGAAGAGCCAGACGCAGAAUCUAACGCUGAAACUCCGUCAACCCAGCCUGAGGAGACUGAGCCUGUGAAACUGGUAGAGGAAAAUGUUCCCAUACUGGUGGAGGAAGAGAUGGCACCAUCUCCGAGUGUCCAGGAAAACUGCCGAUUCACGCGCUCCAUGGCUCGGCCCUCAGUAUCCGAUGACAGUGGGAAAAAUACUCAGGAUGAUGUUCGGGCCUCUCGCACCGCUUCCAAGCGUGCAGCUGCAGAAGCAGCAGUUGAAGCAAUUUGCACCCCCAAGAAGAAGCACUCUCCCCCUAAGAAGUACAUGACUGGCAUCACACCUGGCAUGCGCUCCUUCCUGCACACGGUGCAGAAGAACCAGCUGCUGAUGAUGACACCAAGCUCUCUUGGGCGCACUUCAGUCAUGAAGUCCUUCAUUAAGCAGAGCGGAAAACUUGAGGUCAAGUUGAGCACUGGCUCAGUGGAACGGGAGCGACAGAAAUGGGAUGCACUUAACAAGAAGAUUGAACAAGAAAAUGAAAGAAAGAGAAAGUUGGAGGAGGAGAGGAGGAGGAAACAGGAAGAAAUUAAAAAGAAACGGGACGAGCGUUUGAAACGAGUAGUGGAGGCCCGGGUGAAGGGAGAAAAGGAGAAGGAGCAGGAAAAGAAAAAGAAAAUCGAAGAGAAAAUGGCACAAAUUGAGAAGAAAAAUGACAUGCUGCGUGUGGAGCGGCUUGCCGAGGAGAAAGCCAAGAAAAAGGUGGCAACUAAACGUCAAGAGGAACUGGAACUUCGCAGGAAACAGGAAGAGGCAGCGCGGAAGAAAAAGCUUCAGCAAGCUGAGGAGGAGGAACGGCGACACCAGGAGCUCCUGGCCAAACGCAGAGCCGAGGAGGAGCGGGAGAAGGCACGCAAACAAGCCGAGGCCACUCGUGCACUGGAGCUCAAGAAGGAGCAAGAAAAGGAGAAGGAACGAGAGCGCGAGAGGCAACGCGAGGAGAGAGAGAGGGAGCGAGAACGACAGGCUGCUGCUGAGAGAGAGCGACUGGAGCGUGAGAGAGUGGAGCGUGAAAAGGCCAUAGCUCUUCAGAAGGAACUGGAGAGAGCGGCCAAGGAGAAGAGGGAGCUAGAGGAGAAGAGGAGGAAGGAAGAGGAGCAGAAAAAGGCUGAGGAGGAGAGAUUGGCCCAACAGAAACGUGCUGCUGCUACUGCUGCUGUGCCCCCUACUACCACUACUGUUGUAAAUCUGCCCAUCAGCAAAGCUCUUAACACCACAAUUACACACAGUCCUGCACUAAAUGUUACUGUAGAUAUUGAGCAAUCGGUCAUGAAAACUCCAGCGGGUAAAAGUGCAGCUCAUAACAAGACGAUUGGGGAUAAGGGAACGGGGCUGAAUGUUACUGUAGAUGUCGAGCAGUCUCCUCAGUCCUACCAGAUUACACCUAAAGGGAAGAAGGUUGCUGUAUUGGUCAAUCCAGACGACUACGGUAUGGACCAGAACAGUGAUGACUCGACAGAUGAUGAGUCUGCACCCAGGAAACCCAUCCCUUCAUGGGCCGAGGGCAUGCAGCUUCAGCAAGCUAUCAUGAAACAAUAUUAUGACCCACUGGAUCUGCACACGUACUUUGGAGAUGUUGAGCAGCCCAAACUGGAAAAGAUUUUCCUAAAGACCAAACCACGCUUCUACAAGCGCACAAGCUCUGCUGUCUGGCACUCUCCUCCACGCAUGGGUGCCAUGCCUAACUAGCUGGGAACUGUCUGUUAGCCUUGUCUUUUUUUUUUCUUUCUCUCUCUCUCUCUUUUUAAUAUGUAAGCAUUUUAGGUUUUGUGUUUGUAUAAAACAUUUGAUUUCACUUAAAUAAAGUGCUAUAAAAAUGUAUCAGAAUUAGAGUAAUACAAAAACACAAAAGCGUUUCACGACAAAACGCCGGGCACGUUUCCGCUCUCAUUUAACCUACAGUAUUUAUUAAUACUGUUAGUACUGUUAGAAAUGGAGGCCUUCAUACAUUCACUAUGAAGUUGCAAUGCCACUUUGGGAUACAAUUAAUGGGUUCCAAUAAUCACUAUGUAUGUAUAUAAAUCUGCUUGAACCUGCAUAUUCUUUGUUUUUUCAGUGUUUUGAAAUGAAGCAAUUUAUUUCAACA